GCACUAUAUUUUAGAAUGGAGGGAGUACUCCCAGGAGAAUGCCGCGCUGAACGUGGCCGAACGCGACGGCAACGUUGUCCUCGCGUACGGCGACUGCUCGGAGCCUCGGACCUUAGACAGAAAUGGUUCAUUGUGACGUCCCCCCACCCCUCCGCACCGUUUGAGUUGCCGCCGCCUUUCGUGCUGCAGAAUGCGCAGACGUUUCAGGUCAUCAUCAUCCCAUCAGGCAGUGGACAGAAGGUGCGCCUGUCGUCUGAACCGCCUAUCAACCCACUGGACUGGCUGUCGUGGUCGCGAGCAGCACUCGAGCAGCGAUGGACGCCGGAGAAGUGCACACGUGCUGACCACUUUUACCAACUGUCGGUUACCAAGAGCGACCCAGCUCUUACCCUCAACGGCCUGUUGGGCAACGUACAUGACGGAACGGAGGUCGGCAUCUAUCAUGCAUCACCAGAUUCAGGGAACGCCAUAUGGCAGAUGACUUCAUACCCACUCUGCGCCCGCUGAUGAGUUAGAAGGCCACCGCGUUGUGCUUAUGUGUUUGCUGAAGAAUAAAUUUUACAUUGUUCUUUCCCUUAUUCAAUUUCCUCAUUCGUCAAAUUUGCGAUUGUUUGAAAAAUUGUACUACGUUUUUGUUGGUCCAGUACCAAUGUAAGCACAACUGAGUUCGUCUAUAAUAUUAUUAUUUAAGAA